ACAAGCACUUCAAUGAUUUGUAAUGAAAUUCAUAGACGACCCCAGAAUUUUAAUUUUAUAUAUAUUAUUAUAGAAGUAAUUAAUUUUCAUAAUAUAAAAAAGUUAAUACCUCCUAUAUAGCUGCUAAGCAUGUGUAAUACUAUUUAGAUUUUUUUACUAAUUAGUACAAUUAGCAGCCUUAUCUCCCAUUUUAGAAAUCCUGCAUAUGGACGAGCUGAUCUCAUUACAUUCAAUAAUUUUUUUUUUAUAGCUGUGAAUUUUUCACAGUAUAUCUCCUACUUGACAAUAACGACAUGACCAAGGACCAGGAACAAGAGAUAUUGCCUGAAAUAGAGGCUCUAAGUGUCAAAGUAAAGGAGACCAAACCCCCCUUAGAUUCAAGAAUAGGGAAGGACUCUCCCUUUACCUUUGGCCAAAGAUAUUUAGAGAACGAAGAAGAAGUAUUCAACCACAAUGCCUGGGAUCAUGUAGAAUGGGGGGAUCAACAAAUAGAAGAAGCUAAGGAAAAGAUUUCAAAACAAUAUGACCAUCCAGUUAAAGACUUUGACAAAAAGUUAUAUAACACAAAUCCAGCCAAAUAUUGGGAUAUUUUCUAUAAGCAUAAUCAAGAGAAUUUCUUUAAAGAUAGGAAAUGGUUACAGAUUGAAUUUCCUUUACUUUAUGAAGUAACAAAGGAAGAAUAUACUAAAGAAACUACUAUAUUGGAAAUAGGAUGUGGUGCUGGUAAUACAUUUUUCCCAGUAUUGAGUCAAAAUAAGAAUCCAAACUUAAAGAUCUUCGGAUGUGAUUACCUGAAAGUUGCAGUAGAUUUAGUACGUUCUAAUGAAGAAUUUAAGAUUAGUCAUGAAAAGGGUAUUGCAUAUUCAUCAGUAUGGGAUUUAGCUAAUUCUGAAGGAAUAAUACCUGAAGAUUUACAACCAAACUCAGUAGAUAUAGUUAUUAUGGUAUUUGUAUUCCUGGCAUUACACCCUGAUGAAUGGAAUCAUGCUAUUGACAAUUUAGCCAAAGUAUUGAAACCAGGUGGAAAGAUCUUAUUUAGAGAUUAUGGUAGAUAUGAUUUAGCUCAAGUCAGAUUUAAGAAAGGUAGAUUAUUAGAUGAUAAUUUCUAUAUUAGAGGUGAUGGAACUAGAGUUUAUUUCUUUACAGAAGAAGAAUUACGUAAAAUUUUUGGACAAAGAUUCAAAGAGGAGAAGAUAGCGACAGACAGAAGAUUAUUAGUUAAUAGAAAGAAACAACUUAAGAUGUAUAGAAAUUGGUUACAAGCUGUUUUCCUGACCUAAACCAUUAAU